AUGGAUCACUACCGUACCCGCCAUGCUCGUGCUGCUAAUCCGUUCCAUUGUGUUAUUGAAGGAUGUCAAAUGCGCUUCUCAACAACCCGUAGACUAGAGGAACACGUUCGCCUUGAGCACAUAAACCCACCCAAACCAACGAAGGAAACCCCAGUGACUUUGAAAAGGGAGAGCUGCUAUGGGUGGCGUUCUCGUGUUUAUUACCCUGUCCGCCCUCGGCCAACUAUUUAUUGCCCAUAUUUUGAUGAGCAGCUUCUGAAAUGUGUGCGCUUCAUGAAUAAACAUAACUUUAACGUCGCGUUCAAACCUGUUGAUGUUCACAUCGAUUUGAAAGGAGCGAAACGCAGGAAACAGAAACAUCGUUAUGAAGCUUCUUACGAUGUUACGAGUCUAAGGGGUCUAUCAAUUUUCGACCUCUUUCCUUCUGUCCAGCCACAAAUCACAACGUUUGAAGUAUCUGUAGCCAAAAGCGAGACAUGA